AUGCCGCCCGCGGAGAAGAGGCCCUUCGACCUCGUCGUGAUCGGCGCGACGGGCUUCACGGGCUCGCUCAUUUGCGAGCACAUAGCCCGGGAGUACCCAACUACCAAAGGGCUGUUCAAGUGGGCUAUCGCGGGCCGCAACCGCUCGAAACUCGAGUCGGUGAAAGCGCAGCUCGCGGACAUCGACCCCGCGCUGGCGGACGGGCUCGCCGUGCUGACGUACGACCUGUCGGACCAGGCGAGCGUCGACGCCGUUGUUGGGCAGGCGCGAGUCGUCGUCAGCGCGGCGGGCCCCUUCGCGCGGAUCGGCACGCCCGUCGUCGACGCCGCCGUGCGGCUCGGCACGCACUACUGCGACACAACGGGCGAGGCCCCGUGGAUUCGCCGCAUGAUCCGAACGUACCAGGACGCGGCGGUGGCGGCGGGCGUGCGGCUGGUGCCGGAGUGCGGCUUCGACUGCGUGCCGCAGGACAUGGGGGUGUACUUGCUCGCGGCGGAGGCGCGGCGGGCGCAGUGCACGCUGGGGCGCGUCGAGGGGGUGCUGGAGGACUUUGGCGGGGGAGUGUCGGGGGGGACUGUUGCCAGCGCGCUCGAAUUCCAAAAGGAGGGGACCGCGGAGCUCCGGGAGUUCUCGCAGGACCCGCUGUACCUGGUCCCUGAAGCCGCCCACAGCGACGUCGCGGCGCGCAUGCGUCGCCGCCUCCCCGCCGAGGCGCUCCUCUGGACCGGCCGCUUCCCCCUGUCGCGCCUCUGGACGGCCCCGUUCAUCAUGGCCACGGUCACCGCGCGCACGAUCUACCGCUCGCACGUCCUCGGCAACGAAGCGUACGGCGCGCGCUUCAGCUACGCGGAGGCCCAGGCCGUUGGCGGCCGCGUCGGCGCCUUCCUGGGCUCCGUGGCCUUCGCGGUGAUCGGCGCCAUGGUCACGAUCCCGCUCCUCGCGCCGCUCACGCGGUUCCUGGCCCCGAAACCCGGCUCCGGCCCCUCGCUCGAGCAGCAGCUCGCCGGGAGAAUGAAGUACACCUUCACCGGGGAGCUCGUUGGGGGGGAGGGCGCGGCGCGCGCGAGGGGGCCGGCGGAGGCGCCCGUGCUGGCCAGGGCGAGUCUCGUGGACUCGGGGCGGGACCCCGGGUACCGUUCGACGGCUCGGAUGGCGCUGGAGUGUGCGCUGUGCAUGGUGCUGGAAGGGACGCGGUUGGACGCGCAGGCGGCGGAGGCCGGGGCGCCGCGGGGGGGGUUCCUGACGCCUGCGAGCGCGUUCGGGGACGUGCUUCUGGGCCGGAUGGCGGCGGCGGGGUACAAGUGGCGGUCGGAGGGCCCCGCGGGGGUCUCGGAGGUGACGGCGGGCAUUGGUGUUGGGCGGUAG